CCCGUGCGGAAACAGGCAGGGACGGCCAGCCCUCCAGGCUAAAGCCGCGGAGCGCCCCGCGGAGGGGCUGUUUUCCCGACGGAUGAAUUAUGUGGGUGGCACCGAGUGUCUUCACACGGCUGGCCGGGACGGGGAGUGCUAAGUAAGUAGUUUCAAAGCCAGUCAGACUAUGGCCUUUGAAAGGAUAACACAAAAGGACUGGUAUAAAAUCCUGGACGCAAAGCCAUCGGACAGUCCAUCAGAACUAAAACGGAAGUACCAAAAACUUGUUUUGUUAUAUCAUCCAGACAAACAGAAGGCGGAUGUGCCAGCAGGAGAAGUGGAGGAGCGCGUGCAGAGGUUCAUCGAAAUUGAUCAAGCGUGGAAAAUUCUAGGGAACGAAGAGACAAAAAAAGAGUAUGACCUGCAGCAGCGUGAAGAUAAUCUGACAAAAGAUUUGCCACUACACGCACAAGUUUAUCUUGAGGAUAUGUCUUGGAAUGAAGAUGAACAAUGUUACACUCUCUCAUGUCGAUGUGGUGGGAAUUACACUGUCUUCAAGAGUGAAACCAAAGACGUAUCUUUGGUUUGUUGUGACACAUGCUCACUUGUUAUCGAGAUCCUUCAAUGAUUGUUUCAAUCAAG